AUGGCCCUGGGGCACUCCCUGGGCCCCGAGGACAUCAGAGCAGAGCCCGUCUCCGAGCAGGAGGCCCCAACCCAUUGCGUGGAGGAGGAGGCUGAGGCCGAGGCUGGGCUGGUACUCACACCGCCUGCCCCCGCUCCUCCCCCACAGGGCCCCUGCCAUGGCGCCCCGCUGCCCCUGUCUCUCCUGGUUCAGGCCCAGGUGCUGGCCCUGGCCCUGGCCCAGGGCGCCCUGCCCGCCUUCCUGCCCUGUGAGUUCCAGGCCCCCAACUACAUCAACUGCGAGUGGCUCUUCCUGACGUCCGUGCCGCACUUCCCGGCGUCCUCGCCCCGUGGGAACAUCACGAAGCUCUCCCUGAGCUGCAACCGCAUCCGCCACCUCCACAACUUCGACUUCGCCCACCUGCCCAGCCUGCGGAGUCUCAACCUCAAGUGGAACUGCCCGCCCAGCAGCCUCAGCAUCAUGCACUGGGCCUGCCACAUGACCAUCGAGCCCCGCACCUUCCUGGCCGUGCCCACCCUGGAGGAGCUGAACCUGAGCUACAACAACAUCACCACCGUGCCCGCCCUGCCCCGCGCCCUCAGGACCCUGUCCCUGAGCCGCACCAACAUCCUGGUCAUUGACGCCACCAGCUUCAGGGGCCUGCACGCCCUGACAAACCUGUACAUGGACGGCAACUGCUACUACCAGAACCCCUGCGGCCGGGCCGUGCAGGUGGCCCCGGGCGCCCUCCUCGGCCUGCACAACCUCACCCACCUGUCGCUCAAGUACAACAACCUCACGGCGGUGCCCCGCGGCCUGCCCCCCGGCCUGAAAACCCUGCUGCUGUCCUACAACCGCAUCGUCUCCCUGGGGCCUGCGGACCUGGCCAACUUCACCGCCCUGCGCGUGCUGGACGUGGGCGGAAACUGCCGCCGGUGCGACCACGCCCGCAACCCCUGCGUGGAGUGCCCCCCGGGCUUCCCCAGGCUGCACCCCGACACCUUCCGCAACCUGAGCCACCUGGAAGGCCUGGUGCUGAGCGACAGUUCUCUCUCCAGCCUGGACACCCGCUGGUUCCGGGGCCUGGGCAACCUCUCCGUGCUGGACCUGAGCGAGAACUUCCUGUACGAUUGCAUCCAAAACACCACCGCCUUGCAGGGCCUGAGGAAGCUGCGCAAACUCAACCUGUCCUUCAACUACCACAAGGGGGUGUCCUACGCCCACAUGAACCUGGCGCCCUCCUUCGGGCGGCUGCGCGCCCUGGAGGUCCUGGACAUGACCGGCAUCUUCUUCCGCGAGCUCAGCGAGCGCACGCUCCGGCCGCUGGCCCGCCUGCCCCUGCUGAAGACCCUCAAGCUCCAGAUGAACUUCAUCAACCGGGCCCAGCUCAGCAUCUUCCAGGCCUACCCCAGCCUGUGCCAGGUGGACCUGUCCAACAACCGCAUCAGCGGGCCUCUGGGGCUGAAUGCCUCCACGUGGAAGGCGGAUGCUGGGGAGGCGAGCCGGCGGCCCUCGGGGCACCUCGCGCCAGAUCCCAGGGACGCCCCCAGCUCUGAGGACUUCAUGCUAAACUGCAAGAACCUCAGCUUCACCUUGGACCUGUCGCGGAACAACCUGGUGACGAUCGAGCCGGAGAUGUUCGCCGGGCUGUCGCGCCUCCAGUGCCUACGCCUGAGCUACAACAGCAUCUCGCAGGUCAACGGCUCCCAGUUCGUGCUGCUGACCAGCCUGCAGGUGCUGGACCUGUCCUACAACAAGCUGGACCUGUACCACGGCCGCUCGUUCACGGAGCUGCCCUGCCUGCGGGCCCUGGACCUCAGCUACAACAGCCAGGCCUUCAGCAUGCAGGGCAUGGGCCACAACUUCAGCUUCGUGGACCAGCUGCCCGGCCUGCGCUACCUCAGCCUGGCCCACAACGCCAUCCACAGCCGCGUGUCCCCGGAGCUCCGCAGCGCCUCGCUCAGGGCCCUGGACUUCAGCGGCAACGCCCUGAACCGCAUGUGGAACGAGGGAGACCUCUACCUCCGCUUCUUCCAGGGCCUGAGCCAGCUGGUCAGCCUGGACCUGUCCCGGAACCACCUGCACGCCGUCCUGCCGCGCAACCUGGGCUACCUCCCCCGGAGCCUGCAGCAGCUGCGGCUCCAGGACAACUACUUGGCCUUCUUCAACUGGAGCAGCCUGACCCUCCUGCCCCGGCUGGAGAGCCUGGACCUGGCGGGGAACCAGCUGAAGGCCCUGACCAACGGCAGCCUCCCCGCGGACAGCAGGCUCCAGAGGCUGGACGUCAGCCGCAACCGCAUCAACUUCGUGGCCCUCGGCUUCUUCGCUCCGGCCACGCGGCUGCAAGAGCUCAACCUCAGCCACAACGCCCUCCGGACGCUGGACCCCUCGUGGUUUGGCGCCCGGGUGGCGGCCGCCCUGAAGGUCCUGGAUGUGAGCGCCAACCCCCUGCACUGCGCCUGCGGGGCGGUCUUCGUGGAAUUCCUGCUGCAGGUGCAGGCGGCCGUGCCCGGGCUGGCCAGCCAGGUCAAGUGCGGCAGCCCGGGCCAGCUGCAGGGCCGCAGCAUCUUCGCGCAGGACCUGCGCCUCUGCCUGGACGAGGCCCUGUCCUGGGACUGCUUCGGCCUCUCGCUGCUGGCGGUGGCGCGCGUGGCCGUGCCGCUGCUGCAGCACCUGUGCGGCUGGGACCUCUGGUACUGCUUCCACCUGGGCUUGGCCUGCUGCCCGCGCGGGCAACGGCGGGGCGCGGAUGCCCUGUCCUACGACGCCUUCGUGGUCUUCGACAAGACGCAUGCCGCCGUGGCCGACUGGGUGUACAACGAGCUGCGGGUGCGGCUGGAGGAGCGCCGCGGGCGCCGGGCGCUGCGCCUGUGCCUGGAGGAGCGGGACUGGCUGCCCGGCAAGACGCUCUUCGAGAACCUGUGGGCCUCGGUCUACAGCAGCCGCAAGACGCUGUUCGUGCUGGCCCACCAGGACACAGUCAGGGGCCUCGUGCGCGCCAGCUUCCUGCUGGCCCAGCAGCGCCUGCUGGAGGACCGCAAGGACGUGGUGGUGCUGGCCAUCUGGAGCCCCGACGCCCACCGCUCCCGCUACGUGCAGCUCCGCCAGCGCCUCUGCCGCCGGAGCGUCCUCCUCUGGCCCCAACAGCCCAGCGGCCAGAGCAGCUUCUGGGCCCAGCUGGGCGUGGCCCUGACCAGGGACAACCACCAUUUCUACAACCGAAACUUCUGCCGGGGCCCCACCACGGCCGAGUAGGGGCGGGGAGAAGUGGGGGGGCAGCCAGCACACCCAGCCCCGCCUUCGCCGUGCCCUCUGCCUGGGAUGCCCCAGCCUGCCUCGUUCUGCAGAGGGGCCGAGGCCCCUGGCAUACAGCAGGCACUCAA